GAAUACGCUCCAUAAGCGCAUGCGCAACAGUGACGUUUCGCGGGUACUGUCUUGUGUUUUAAACAGCGUCGUUUAAAGUAAUUAAGUAAAAGGCUUGUCUCGUGUGUGUAGCUAAUAACAGAGUUCCGUCAUGUCGGUCAGCGACAUGUUUUCCUACAUCCAGGGCUUCUUGAGCGCCGACCAAGACGUCCGAGAGGAAAUCCGCAAAGUGGUGCAGGUGCUGGAGCAGACAGCCAGAGAAAUCCUCACUGUUGUCCAAAGUGUCCACCAGCCGUCUGGAUUCAAAGACAUCCCUGAUAAGUGUACAAAGGCCAGAGAAUUGUUUGGCACAGUCCGGACCCACAUUGCCGACUUGAAGACAAAGUUCCCUGUGGACCAGUAUUACAGGUUUCACGAGCACUGGCGCUUCGUCUUACAGCGUUUGACCUUCCUGGCGGCUUUUGUGGUCUACCUGGAAAGUGAGGCCCUUGUGACCCGCGAGGAGGUGGCACAAAUUCUGGACAUUGAGGUGGUGCGCGACAAAGGCUUCCAUCUGGAUGUGGAGGACUACCUGGCGGGUGUGCUGAUUAUGGCCAGUGAACUGUCACGCUUGGCAGUUAACAGCGUGACGGCAGGCGACUACAACCGCCCGCUGCGCAUCUCCAACUUCAUCAACGACCUGGACUCGGGCUUCCGCCUGCUCAACCUGAAGAACGACCCCCUGCGUAAACGCUACGACGGCCUCAAGUACGACGUCAAGAAGAUCGAGGAGGUGGUCUACGACCUCUCCAUUCGCGGACUCGCCAAGGAGGCCAAGAGCGACCAAUAGGAAGCGCCGUCGUCAGGACACUGACGUGCCCGGAAGUCCGAGAACCGGGAUCUGACUGAAGGCCCGCCUCGGACGGACAUUAGCCCCUUUCACACUGUUGACCAGUCAUAAUUGUAAGACUCGUUGGAUCUUUUUGUCGGUUUUCAAUUCUCGGAUAAAACAGUUCAAAGCUAAGUUUGGAAUCAACACUGUAGAUGUCUUCUGACAAGUCAGAAUGACCAGAGUCUGGCAGUUAACCGGGCGGUCGAUUUUAUUGGCUGAUAUUAUGGCUUUUAAAAAUAGGCAAAAACCGGAAGUUUUUUUUUUUUUUCUCUCCCCACGGUUUGAUUCAGCCCCCCUUUCCUAUUCGCAACCUUCCACACGGACUGGCAACACGAGGACAACAAUGAUUGGACAUUGUGAAAGGGGCGACUCAAAAAGUGUCCGUAAUGCCGUUGGUGUGAAUUGGCAAUACGUUAUCGUACACGGUUACUACCGAUAAGCAUCGGAGACACACGAAAAAGAAAAUUGGAUGCCAUGAAAAUCGUUGGAAUAUUACAAGGCGGAUUGUUUUCAAGUAAAAUUUGAUCAUCAGAGGUGCAUUUUUUUUUCCUUGCCCCCCCCCUACCCUCCCAUUCCAUUUUUACCUUAAUUUUAGUUAUAUGACCUCCAUAAAACACUGCUAAUACUACCCCCCACCCCCUUUAAAAAAAUGCAACUUUUAGUUUUUCAAUGUUGCUUUUUUUUCUAUCAGGUACUAUUAGGCCUUUUCUACACAAAUAUGAUUAUAAAACUCUCCCCCCAACACUAAAAAAAAAGUGACACCAAAGUGGACCUGGUAUGUUUUGUACUGUUAUGUUUUUUUUUUGUUGUUGUUUUUUUACACAUUUGCUGUGUUUUGUUUGCCAUGGUGUGCAAAAUGUAAAUAUAUUUGUAUACACAACCUGUGGCGGCUCUUUAUUUCAAACCACACACACGCAGGAAAGCCAUCGAAACCUCGGUUUGCAACAUUUUAAUAUGAUUGACAAUAUUUUACAUGUUGAAAGAAUACGGCAGGAAAAGAAAAAGCACAGUCUCGUUGGUGUACACAGUGAUCAGCUACACUAACAGCAUUGAAAUAUUCCGCUUUGAUGUCAUCGCUGGAUAAAGUGCUUUCAACGAAAUAAAGCUCUCGCCACAGAGGACGUACUGAAUAUGCUGAAUAUUGGCUGUCGGGGCGAAAGGGGGUCGACUGGGGGGGUGGGGGGGCAGUCCAAGUCUGUCCAAAGGCUGAUACAAGAGCCAAGGCACAGCGGCUCAGACCAUAGACGGGGUCCACGUUUUCUUGUCAGCAUUUUUUAUUUAUUUUUGUUAACCCAACCUCACAAAAGCCCCUUUUACACUGCCCACUGCAGCCACUUUUCCUCGCCGUGUGAACUCUCAACUUGACGUCCCGCUUCUGUGAGUCAACUUUUGACUUUUUGCCCCGCGCAAAACGAUAUCAAACUUGAAAGAAAAUGUCACAUUUUAUCAGCUUUGGAGGCUCCAUAUAUGCUGUACUGUAUUAAUAUAUAUAUAUUUUUUAAUCGAACCAUAAAAACGGGGGGCGAUUGUCAAGAAAUAAGCGAAUGGUCACAAAGGAGUGUAAACAAAGAGAGUGGGAAUAUUUUCAGAGGCUGUUUGCAAUCUACCGUUACGCCUUUGAUAGUCCAGUUUGCCACUUGAAAGCGGCAACUUCAAUUUCCACCUCGUCCGCAUUGACCAAAACGGUUUUGCUGGGCAGUGUGAAAGGGUCCACUUCAAUUCUCCGAUCCUGCCUCGGGUCAUUACACCAGACCUCGAACCGGGGACUCAAGUCACGCAAACAGCUGUGACGAACCGAACAGGAAAAGACAAAAACGGGUUUUCAUGAUAUGUAGAAAAAAGGGGGACAGAAAGCGUCUACUCGUACGACCGGUUAUUGCUGUCAAGGGGCGGGGGGGGGGGGCUCCCUUUUCUGUGGCAGUGAAUGCCAGGGUGCACUAGUUAGCGAAAUACACCCCC